AAAACUACUUGUUACAAUUGAUCAAACCUGGUACACCGGUGUCAUCCCCAAUAUAAGGAACGCAUAUGGUUCUCCUCUGCCCGCUUCAUCCACCUCCAUUUCUCCUCUCAACUCAUCAACCUUCAUACUUGGGAGUUGAGCAAUUGAUCAAACCUGGUACACCGGUGUCAUCCCCAAUAUAAGGAACGCAUAUGGUUCUCCUCUGCCUGCUUCAUCCACCUCCAUCUCUCCUCUCAACUCAUCAACCUUCAUACUUGGGAGUUGAGAGGUGAUCACCAGAUGGGUAUACUGGUGAUUACGGUAGACCUGCAAUGCUGCCGCUGCAGGACGAAGAUCAAGAAUGUCCUGGAGUGCCUCCGAGAGGAUUACUGCAUCGAGAAGAUUGAGUUCGAGGACAAGGCCAACAAGGUGAUCGUCCGCGGGAAGUUCGACGCGGAGAAGCUCUGCAAGAAGAUCUGGUGCAAGGCCUGCAACGUCGUCAAGGCGAUCAUCAUCGUCGACGUAUGGCCGCUGCCGCCGCGGCCGCCAACAACAUGCCCGACUAAGCCGACAAAAACAUGCCCACCCAAGACACACACCCCGGACCCGGAGCCGCCGAAACCAACAUACAAGUUCGUGCCAUACCCGUACCCGGUGCCGUACCCUAUCCUUAUGCAGUGCCGCUGGAACUGCCCUCCGCAGCAGUGUCGUUGCUGCCCCACCACCAAGCCACCCCCGCUGCCGCCAGAGGCGAAGCCCAGCGAGUGCUCGCAGUCGCAUCACCACGGCGGCUGCGGCUGCGGCUGCAAACCUGCACAACCGGCGCCGUGCUACUGCUCAAACCAGGGAGGCUGCAGCUGCAGAAAUUACUCUAACUGGCCGCCGCCUACCUGGUGGCCGCCGCAGCAACCCUUCUUCCCGCCGCCAUGGUCGACCGAUUGCUUUGAUCUAUGAUUACUAAUAUUCACACCGCGCGCGAUUUCUUUGGAUUGCAUUGACAUGCUGCUACGUUAGCUACCAUACCAUACGUGCCUCCAAAAUCGAAAUUUGUAAUGCGAGGCUCAAUAAGCUAGCUAGUCCGGUGUUACUUGUGUAUGUAGUAUACGUGCAAUGUGUACGUCCACAAGUUGUGCUGCUCAAUAUACGAGCAGGAAUAUGUGUAACUAAUCAUGCAGUGCAGGAAUAUGUACAUGUAACUAAUCCUGUUUAUUUCUGAACGUAAUCCAAUUGAUCUGUUGAAUUCA